AUGGAACAUGAUUCUUCUUCGAUUUGGUGUAAUGGUUCGCUCAAAUCGGUCAUGUUGUGCUUUCGAUUCACGGACGCGAUUGGUGUGCUUCUGAGCAAAUUCGCUGCAUGCCGUGAGAGCCAAUGGCGUUGUCGUCGUCAAUGUGGAUCCACGAAGGCGGCAGUGCGCAUGAUGACGACCUCAAAUUUCUUACGGGUGCGUAUUAUUAGAGGAUUAGUCAGAAUAAUGAAGAAGGACUAUGAUGAGCUUAAAGACGAGUGA